AUGCCCGUGCCAAUAGAGAAGAUCACCACACGGCACCGUGCUUCGGACGGCUUUCCGCUUGCUACAACCAUCUUCCGACCCAAGUCCUCGUCCGACGUCAAAGCGAGCGUCAUCUUCGCCAACGCGACGGGAGUUCAAGGUCGAUUCUACCACAAUGUCGCCGAGUGGCUCGCGACCAACGGCGUGGCAGCCUACACGUUCGACUAUCGCUUCUCCGGUGCCUCCUUUCCGCUCGAAUGCGACCCUGUCAAGCUAGCAGAGGACGAAGAUUACUUCGAAGAAGCACUGCGGCAGUGUCCCGAGGACGCUGACCUCACAACGACGUGGUGCAAGGUGGACCUGGCGUCCAUCGUGCGGCUAGCAUACGAGUCGAAUCCGCACGCAGAUGUGACGGUCAUCGGACACAGUCUUGGAGGUCAUCUGAUGGCUGUGCUGCCGUCAGAUCACGUCUAUGGACCAAAAGCAAAGGUCAAGCGACUGCUCAAUGUGUGUGGUGGGAACGCUUUCGUCAAGAACCAGAAAGAGCCCGACGCUGCCGAGUUCGGGUUCAUGGAGAUCAUCGUCAAGCCGCUCGCCGAGGAAAAGAUCUUCCGAGCAGCCAACUUGGGACUGGGAUACGACCUACCGUAUGGGCCAGGAAAAGAGUGGGUGCAGUGGUACUUCCACACCCACUUCGCCUUUAAUCGACCGGAGAACAUGAAGCUGGCACGCGGGCUCAAGGGUAUCCCGCUGCUGUACGUAGGCUUUGAGGACGACGAGAAGAUUGGCAAAAACAUGAUGCAAAAGUAUCUCGGCAUGUUCGACCACUCUGACGGCCUCAAACAGUCACUCUGGAUCGACCCGCCCAAGAAGAAUUGGCCGCCCUGCGGUCACGUCAACGCCUUUACCAAGACUAAGCAGCCCAAGCUGGUCCCUGUCGAGCACGGCGAGGCCUACACAUCCGAGAACGACUUUCAAGACGCCAUCUCGAAGCACCCCAAGCCGCCACGCGACACGCUCACGAAGGAAGAGACGAUCUGGAAACUGUUUCUCGACUACAUUACGGGUCGGGAGGUCGACACAUCGGAUGCGGAGUACAAGGUGUGGACGCCGCAGGACGAGCGAGAUAUCGUGAAAGAGCGCGAGGAGGAUGCGCGCGCGCGGGCGGAGAACCCAAGAGAGGAGGAUGUACUAUUGGGACUGGUGCCGCCGAGAAAGGCGAAGAUGUGA